CCCCGCCCGGCGCCAUGCGGCUGCCGCGCUGCUUACUUGGAGCGGCCCGGGGGCAGCUGGAAAAUAAAUCCAAAGGAAAGCCUCGAAAGCAGAUAUGCCAAGUUGUUCUGCAUCAUUUUGAAGAGCAGUACACAAAGGAAUUGGGAGAUACGUGGAUCAAAAUCAGGGACGUGGUCACAUCACCACUGUUCUGGCAAUAUGGUGUCCUACUGAAUAAAUUCAGCUAUUCCUCAGAGCUGGAGAACAACUUGCAUCUGAAGGGGUAUUAUAAUCUCUUUCAAAAAACCUUGCCUCAUCUUAAGGGAUCAUUGAAAUGUUACAUCAGUAGAAUUCCUGGGAGAUUCCCUGCACAAAAGCACCAGAUUGGUAAACUGAAGGAAUAUUAUCUGUUGAAUGCUGCUUCACUCCUGCCAGUGCUGGCACUGGACAUAAAGGAUGGGGAAGAGGUUCUGGAUAUGUGUGCUGCUCCUGGGGGUAAAUCAAUAGCUAUGCUACAGUGUGCCUAUCCAGGUCAUUUUCACUGUAAUGAGUAUGAUAUUUUGAGAUCAAGGUGGUUGAAACAGACACUAGAAUCCUUCAUCCCCGAAUCCUUGCUGAAUAUAAUUACUGUCUCUGAAUUGGAUGGGAGACAGAUUGGAGAUCUCCAUCCUGAAUCGUAUGAUAAGAUAUUGGUUGAUGCCCCCUGCUCAGAUGACAGAAAUUGGUUGUUUUCAUCGGAUGUACAUCAGGCAAGGCUUAGACUAAUUCAGAGGAAGGUGUCAUCUGCUGUACAGAUACAGCUGCUAAGGUCUGCUGUUAAAGCCUUGCGUCCUGGAGGAACACUGGUCUAUUCUACAUGCACCCUCUCAAAGGCAGAAAACAGUGACGUCACAACCCAAAUCCUAAACUCCUGCAGCAAUAUUCUGCCUGUAGACAUAAGAGAAAUGGCCAGUAACAUUUCCCAGGAGUUCACUCUUGCCAGCAAUGUCCAGCAAUACGAACUCUUAGUCCUCCCAGAACGGGGGAAAGCGUGGGGACCAAUGUAUAUAGCUAAACUAAAGAAAACUUAGUGUGUGCGCUUUGUAUGAGCCUUUUGUAAGUCACGUUGACAACUUUUUCUAAACACAUACGAUUGUAUGUAUAUGAACUGUAGCAAAUGUUAACAAGGCAGCGUGGGCUAAGUAGCUUAGAUUUAGAGCUGUGAAAGAAUACCCCAGACAUCCUGAAACGUGAAAUUUGAGAUUUAAUUGGGGAAUGGGGCAAUACUCGGAUAUGGUCUGAGCCUGCAACUGGUUCUGUCCAGCAGAGACUGCUGGAAUUAUGUGAGGUCUUGCAAGGUGGUGGCAAGACUUUGUUUUAUGAGGUAUAAUUGUAAAAUGGAGUCCUUUCUUGAGUGCUUCCUAAAGUACUAUAGUUGAUAGGAUUUCUCCCUUUUCCCCUGAACCCCGCCCUUUAAAUGCAACACAUUUUCAAAAUAAAUUGCUAUGAAAAAUGCUCUGCAUAAGAAUUGCUGGCUUGAAUGACCAUUUCCUAAGCAUCCCAACUUUAGCGGGUUUUUUAUUAUUUCCAAAUGUGCCUACAUGUCUCUGAUUAUCUAUAAGAGCUCAUUUGUAUGCAGAACCUGGCUUUUUAAGCAGGGACUAUUCUAAGCUCCAGCAAAACAGGUUUCUUAUUUGCCAAGUUGUUUACUGGUAAGAACUGUCUUCUAUUUACUGCAAAGGUCAGCAACUAUAUUGACAUGAGCUUUCUUCUCUCUCUCUUUUUUUUGCAGAUUAUCAAAAUAUAAACUGAAAGGGUAAAUUAUGUUGAAAAGCCCCUAAAACAGUAGAUUUGCAGACAUGUGUUUAGCUUUGACAUUAAGUUUGUGGAAUAAUACAUCUAUUGAGCAAGCUACAGAGCAAGGACUCGAAACAAAACCUAAAUGAUUAAUAACUGCAUGGUAUUCAGAGAGUUUUGUUACAUAACUGCAGUCACAAUGAGCAAUACAGACAAUCCUGAGAAAUGGCUUAUUCACUGGGUCAUGAAAUAUUAUGAGAAUUGGUGAUGGCAUAGCUGUAGUGGACAAGGAAAGAAAAUCCCAAUGAGAUCAUAUAGUAAUGUUGAUGUGCCAGAGCUCCAGCUCUGUGUCAGGUGCUCUCCUAUUCCACAUCCAUAUACACAGGAUGCCACCUUCUGUAGUGGAGGCAUGGCCCUCUUCCUUGGAUCUCUCAAGUUCACUGGCAGAAGCAGGACACUGACAGCCCUCAUCCCCCUCCUUUACCUGUGGCAGGUUAAGGUGGUUUUGAUAUCUUGCAGCAUACCUUGUAGCUGCGUGACAGGGUUGAUGGCAUAGUUUUAAGAAUGGGUUAGACCAGGACUUAUAUGGGAUGCCUUGAGCAGGGGAUUGAACUAGUUGACCUCUGGAGGUCCUUUUCAACCCUAUUUUUCCAAGAUUCUGUGAUUCUAAUGCAGCCCUUUUGACAAUUCUGAUUAUAAAGGGUCAAAGGCAAGUUGCUGUUUAAAAAUUACUUUAAAAUACUAUUUAGGCCUCUGCCACCAUUGAACCCACUAGUGUCUGUGAGCUUAUUCAAAAUCUUUCUAUUUAAAGUGUUUUUUUCUUUCCAAUUUUGCAAUCUGAAAAGGCCCCCACAAACAGGGGAGAUCAAGUGAUUAUUCUGGGAGAAGACUAGAACUGGAAAAUGGA